AUGUCGGCUAAGUCUCAGCAGAAAUGCAUUGUGAUUUUUGCACUGGUUUGCUGCUGUGCAGUCCUGAUAGCAUUAAUAUUCUCUGCUGUAGAUAUUUGGGGGGAUGAUGAGGAUGGCAUCACUGAAGACAACUGCAGCAGGACCUGUCGUGUUGUGCUUGUGGAGAAUAUUCCAGAAGAUGUUUCCAUUCCGUUUAAGGGCACCAUUUCACUUACCACUGGUCUUCAUGAGCUUUUGGAACAAGCACAUCGAUUUGUUGAGAUUGUGUCACCAUGGUGGGCUUUGAACUCUACCAAAUAUGAGUCUCUACUUCCCCAGGCCAAACAGGGUCAGAUCUUACUUCAUCAACUGAUGAGUUUAAAGUCACGGUCAGUCAGUUUGAGGGUUGUUAGUGAACUAACAGACUCCUCAGAGCUCAAGCUUCUCUCUCAUUAUGGUGCAGACGUGCAUUACCUGAACGUGAAAGCUCUCACUAAAGGUCAGCUCAACUCUUCCUUCUGGGUGGUGGACAGAAAGCACAUGUACAUCGGAAGUGCUGGCAUGGACUGGAGAUCACUGUCUCUGAUGAAGGAGUUUGGAAUUAUCAUGUAUGACUGCAGCUGUCUGGUGCUGGAUCUGCACAGGAUAUUCAGCCUCUACUGGCAGCUGCAAUAUAAAGAGUUUGUGCCUUCCAUUUGGUCCAAGAAACUGAGCGCAUUGUAUAACAAAGGCAAACACCUUCAUCUGCACCUGAAUGACACAGAGGCACAAGCUUACAUUUCUAGUUCUCCAGAUGUUUUGUGCCCUAAAGACCGGACGAAAGACCUUGAUGCCAUUUUCAGAGUCAUUCAAGAGGCCAAGACUUUUAUUUAUGUCUCUAUAAAUGACUAUUUACCAAUCCUGAACAGCAUCCAAACCAGGUACUGGUCACGUAUCGACAAUAUGCUGCGAGAAGCCUUGAUUCUGAAAAACAACAUCGAAGUGCGCUUGUUAGUAAGCUGCCAUGAGCAAACCAAUCCAAUGAUGUUUAACUUCCUGUGGUCAUUAGAAACACUGUGUGUGGAGUCGCUCAACUGUUCACUGGAGACGAAGUUCUUCAGCUCAAGUGAGUCAAGCAGCGGGCAUCUCUAUGGAGUUAAUCACAACAGAUACAUGGUGACAGACACAUCUGUGUAUCUCGGAAAUCUGAACUGGGUGGGCAGUGAGUUCGUGUUCAGCACUGGUGUGGGUCUGGUCAUCAGUCAGACGGUGGAGGAGGGGAACUCGACUGUAGUCAGCCGGAUAAAAGCUGUGUUUGAACGAGAUUGGCACUCGCACUACAGUAAAACUCUAAAGCCAAACAACAUCCAAGCAUGCAUCAAACACACAGUCAAACAGCAAACAGCUUCAACUUGA